CCACUUCUGAGCACGGGUUGGGCUGCUCGCCUCUGGUUUCUAGCUCUCUUUUUUCUUUUUCUUUUUCUAGCUUUUUAAACCGGUCGAACUCGAAUUCCCUGAGGAAACUUGCACCCUGUGCCUGAUAAUCUCUCGCAUAAGCUCACGCUUCAGCCCGACAAGCCUCCGUCGAGGUAUCUUAAGAACCAAGAGAGACUCUAAGCGUGCCGUCCUCCAUUCCAUAACCACCACUCGUUCCAUCUUCGAUCCUCAAGUAGCCUCUGUUCGGCAGACUUCGCACGCGUCGCCAUCAUCCCCGUCAGCGUUCGCAUCCCAUCGCGACCAAUGGCCUCUCGGCAUCUGCUGCUCCUCGGACUUGUUCUCGCCGUAGCCUGCACCGGCUUGGCGGAGGGUAAGACGAUAACGGUGGGGCAGAGCAGCGACUUCUGGAGUUACAUCAGCCCGUGGGCGUACGGCGUUAACAACUGGAAGCAGCCCACUGUCGUCGCCGGGGACGUCCUCGUGUUCCGCUGGAUCGGCCUGCGCAACGUGCUGCAGUGGGCGACGCCCCUCGGGUACACGGCGUGCUGGUUCGGGUUCGCCAAGACCGUGUCGCCUCAAGCGUACUGGGGCUUUAAGCGGUACGUGGUGCAGCUGACGGAGACGCGCAGCACGCUCUACUUCGGCAGCAGCAUCGGCGACGACUGCGCGCGCGACAUCAAAGUCCGCAUCAACGUGUCGUAGAGCGUGCUGCGCGCAGUCGUCGCCGAUGCUGCUGCCGAAGUAGAGCGCAUCAACGACUCGUGACGCUCGUCCAGGUCCGCAUCGUCCAGGUCCGCAUCAGCGCGGCGAGCGGCGGAGGAGAUUCGUCAAGUGUGUUCAAGUGGAAAGGCUGACGAAUGGGGUUUGAUAAGGGGGGGGGAGUGCGGGGGUGCGAGCAGGGGCGGAUGGGGUUGGGGGAGGAGCACGAAGCAAGGAAGGGCGGGCUGCGGCCGUGUCCUCUUGCUGCGUUGCUUGUGUCCGUUUGCAGGCACUCGUUAUUCUAGGGUAGGACCAAGACAGAGAGGCACAUAAUCCGUGUGCUAUCCACGCCCUGUAGCAUUGCAGCAUUGUGCAUAUACCAGUACUAGUGGAGCCCUGGGCGCAUUCGUCCAUACUACCUAUCAGACUUAACCCGCACUAGCAGUGGCCUGCUCUAGGCAGCGCCGCCAAGCCAGGCAGCAGCCGUCGGGCACCUGUACUGCCGCUCAUGCAGCGACAGUCUUGAUGAGGAUUU